AGCAGAAAACGACCGCGUUUCAUUCUGAUUAGCAAAGCAAGGAAAAUGAGUAGUGAGGAGCAGCAGCAGAAGAAGAAUAAUGAAGAAGGGGAAGAAGAAGCGUUGAAGCCGUUGGAGAUCGAGAACGGUCUUCGCCUAGUCCCGCGCGUGAAGCUCAACCUCACGGUGUACCCUUCCACGCCCCUCACACUCUCCCACCCAAUCGACGAAUGGAAGAUGAAGCGCGCACUCAUCGACUUCCUCCACUCCUCCCACUCCCUCACGCUCCCCGAGGACGACGACCUCCACCUCACGCGCCUCAAGGACCUCAAGAAACGCAAGCGCGACGACCCCGUCGCCGCCGGAACGCUCCGCAUAUGGGACCUCUCUUCCUUCCGAACGGAGAAUCACCGCUUCCGAUUAACGGAGAAGCUUAACGGGAUCGAACUCAACCUCGAGGGCGUUAAGUUCAGACUCGCCGCUACGGUUCCUGUUUCGGAUGAUUUUCAAGGAAUGAAGAAGGAUUGGGAGGAGCAUUCCGCGUUUCGAAGUCGGCGCGAACCUGAUACCGUUGUUCUGAGAGGCGUUCCGUCGCGGUGGUUCGCUGAGCCUAGGGUUUCGUCUAAGCCCUCCAUGCUAGUUACUCACACCAUCUUCUCCACUUUCGGCAAAAUAAGGAAUCUUAAUGUUGCUGAGGAUGAUGAUUUUGGUAAGGAUGCAAAUGAAGAUAGCGGAGACCUAGUUUCGGGCCUUUACUGCAAGAUUGUGGUUCAGUUUGAGAGAUAUAGAGACUUCCAUGAUGCAAUGAAAGUUCUGUGUGGUCGGUCGUUGCAAAAGCAAGGGUCACAACUAAAGGCCGAUUAUGAGGUUAGUUGGGACAAAGAUGGAUUCUUUCGGAACUCAAGGAAUCAAAUUCAAGAGAAGAAUAACAUGGUAUCCACAAGGGCAGCUGAUCAUUACAGAAGCGAAGCUCCAAGACGUCAGGCCUACAAUUCUCGCCACAGUCCAGAUACUGUGCGCCCCAGGAGAUUCAAGGAAUGAGGACUGAAAGCUUUUUUUAAAAUUAUUAUGGGUACAAAUUUGAAAGCAUUUUGAUCAUGGACUGACUCAAGUUUGGUACAUCGGCUGCAUACAAUUUCUAGGGAUCAUUGACUUGGGUCAACUCAAGCUUAUGACUUGGGAUAAUGGGGAUUAUAUUCAGAGAUUAACUGUACUGACUUGAGUUGACCCAAAUUAUGAUGAGUCAUUAAAACACUGCUAUUUUUACGGAUCCACACUCAUCCCAAAUAAUAUCCUUUCUUUUCCUUUCAUGUUGUGCAAUCAGUUAACAUUAGCAGGCAGUACUUACUUUGAUUAGCUCUUCCCAAAUGGAAAUCUUAUUUGCUAAAUUGUCGGACCAAAAUCUUAUUUUGGCUGAAUUGAGUUAAUAUCAUUUGGAUGUGCUGUAAAAUGAUACAGUGAGAAGAAUGAUACUUUUCAUAUUGUAUCUUGUUGAACUCGUUAAAGUGUUGCAUAUCUGCUAAGUCAUAAUUAUUUUUUCUCUA